CUGCUACUGACAAUGCACCACCCAAAUGCCGCUGAAUGCCUCUCCGGCUCCAACCAGGGGAUCAGUGUGGUUUCAACAGUCCCAUCGGUUUUAACCUCGAUACAACCAAUGUCAACAGCCAAAUGUUCCUUUAUGCAUCUCCCCUCGGGGUCUAUGGCCAAUACAUCCACCGGACUCCAUUAUUCCAUGCCAUCUUGUCAUUAUGGGAGCCAACAAUCUCCUUAUGGGAUUAUGACGGGUGGCCUUGCUCCGUGUCUGUAUAAGCUGCCCGACCAUGCAUUGAGCACCUCCUCAUGUAACCUGGGGCAUGGAUUUACUUCCUUACAUCAGUCAGUCCUAUGCGAGGAGUCCAUUGCCGUGGACUUCAAACAAGAUUUCCGUAAAAAGAAUAAAACUCCCGAGGACCCGGUUGCAGUGGAUUCGCCAGAAAUCAAAGACCUAGAGGUGUUUGCAGCUCAAUUUAAAUUAAGAAGAAUAAAGUUAGGUUACACACAGACAAAUGUUGGAGAGGCUCUUGCUGCUGUGCAUGGCUCAGAAUUUAGCCAAACAACAAUUUGUCGCUUUGAAAAUUUACAAUUGAGCUUUAAAAAUGCUUGCAAACUUAAAUCAAUCCUUUCCAAAUGGUUAAAUGAAGCAGAACAAAUAGGAGCUUUAAAUAAUGAAAGGGCAGGAACAACUGAAAGGAAAAGAAAAAGAAGGACUACAAUCAGCAUGCUAGCAAAAGAAACACUGGAGACACACUUUGGACAUCAAAGUAAACCUUCCUCCCAGGAGAUCAUGCAAAUGGCAGAAAGUCUAAACCUGGAGAAAGAAGUCAUAAGAGUCUGGUUCUGUAACCGACGGCAAAGGGAAAAACGAGUGAAGACAAGCUUGCACUACAAUUCAUUUUGCUUUUCCUUCAAAGAGCACCUUGACUGCAGAUAA